GUAGAGCCGCCUGAUCUCCUCUUCCUCGAAGGCGGCUCUCAUGGUCUCACGGAACCUCUGGGCGGUACAGAACCCGAUCUCGAAUGGCUGGAAGCUCUUCCAUUCUAGCGUGUCGGCAUCGGUCCUCUCCCUCAGCAGCUGCCGGUUUGAACGACAUGUACUUGUGAGGGAUCUUUCGCUUCCGCAAUCCCUUGCCGAUGUACACCGUCAGGCCCUCUCCCUCUUCCCGCUGUCGAUGAUCGAAAGACGCUUCUUCAUCGUCGCACCAAGGCAGCGGCGGUCCUCCAAUUCGUCGUCUUCCUCAUCGUACCAACGGUCGACGAUCAACCGGGAGUCCUCUGACUCACGGUGGACGGAGUGGUCUUCGAAAAAGUUGCCACUAUGGGUUAGCUUUGUUGGCUUCUUACACAACGAAGACAUUUUUUCUUCUUCUUCUUCCCACCUGACGAUUGGAAUCGAAGAGGAAAGCGGCGGGAAAGCACAAGCAGAAGGAGAGGAAGAGGCGUCGUCUUUCUGUGCAGAUCUAAAGGGAAGAAACAAAUUAAGAAAUAGGGAGGAGAGAGGGGAUGAAUUACAGUGUCCCGUUGAGAUGAAUCGAGAAAAUGGAAAGGUCAAGAGAACGGAGGAGCUCUGGAAAUCCAGCCAGCACGCCGGCGUCGAAUGAGACUUGCAUUAUUAACCGGCUUUAAAGGUCGGUCUCCAGAUGCACUCCCGUCUUCCUCGCCUUCUUCUCCCCACCGUCGCCUAUCAACAGCAGCUUCUUCAACAUUGAUCGAACGCCUCUGCUGCCGUCGCCUGUUGGUUACGAUCGAAUUUAUUUUCCGUCCAUAACCCCACGCAUGCACCAUUGCCGCCGUACCCUCCGUGGCUAACCUUCCUCAGAAGACAGGAAAGCGCUCUCUCACUGUGGAAACUGUUAUGACAAAUUGUAAUAGAUUAAAAUUUAUAUUAUUUUUUAAUUGCCACGUCACUUAGUUAACGGUCAACAUUGAGAGUUGACUGCCACAUCAGCGAAAGUUAACGGAGUUGGACAGAGAGUGACGAAACGUGACCGGUUUUAAUAAAUUGAAGUACCACCAAUGGAUUUAAAUAUUUCGAGUCACCAAAUUUGAACGUAUUUUGUAAUCUCAGUGACCAACCAUGCAUUAAUGACGAAAUCACAAUAAUUUACACAAGAAAGUUGUUACAUUAAUAAUUGAACAUAAAAAUAAUUAAGAAGAAAUAAAAAUAAGCAAACAAAUACUAAACCCCCUAAAAACAAACAUUAAACCAUAAAAAUAAUAACAAAAAAUAAAAAAAAAAGCAACCUGACGCGGGCCCCACCCCUCACCCCUUCCUAGGGGUGGUAAACAGUAAUCCGGUAAACGGUUUACCGUUUUACCGAACCGAUAGCCGGCGGUAAAUGGUAAACCGUUUACCAGCGGUAUCGGCAGCCGAGCGGGAAGUUGGGGGAGUCGUUUUACCGGAUACGGUAUCGGUAAAUACCGACGGUAAGUCAAUAAUAUCGAUACAGAAAUCCCCCUCCCUAGUGUUGCGCUGCGUUUUGCUGCUUUACCCCCAAACGGCCAAACCCUAAAAACACUUCCCACUUCCCAGCGACCACGCCCGAGCCCUCCCCUCUUUUCGUUUUUUCCAUAACCGUCGCGCAGCCACCUGACCUCUCCAGGUCUCCUCUUCUCGACGUUCUCGUCUUCCUUCGAGGCUUCGACAGGCGGCGACGGCGGCGACCGUGGAGCGACGGCAACAGGCUACUCCGACUCGCGCACUUCCCUCGCCGGGUCUCUCCCUUCCCUCGCCGACGUGCGAUGCGUACCCAGUCGCCACCCCUUCCCGUCGCAGUCCUCAUCCGCGGCCCCGUCACAUUCCGGCUUCCCCUUCCCGUCGCCAGCCCUUCCCGUUCCCAAUUCCCAGUCCUCCCCCGCUCCUGCCAUCCUCGCCUGGAAGUAAGAAUUGUUGAAUUGCAGAAUUGGUUCCCCUGCCCUGCUGUGUGUUACAACAUCACCCCACUUCCAAAAAUUCGGUUCGAUAAAUAUUCGGUAAACCGCCUGAAGUCGCUUUUAACGGUAUUUCGGUAAUACCGGUUUGUAACCGUUUACCGGUAAUUCGGUAAUCGGUAAACCGGUUACAAACCGGUAUCGGUAAUCGGUAACCAAUUUGGCCAACUUCGGUAUACCGAAACCGAUAAAUUCGGUAAACAAUUUACCGUUUACCGAACCGAAUCCCACCCCUACCCCUUCCUCCCUUUUUUGUCUUCUUCAUGUGGGUAUUCCCCCUCAUUUUACCUCAUUUCUCCAUCUUCUCCACUUUUUCCACCCACGUUGUGGGAUUCUUUCCUAUUUUUCCCCUUAAACCCACCCACAUUGUGAAUGGUCUCAUCUUAAGCCUUUAAAAAGUGCUCAAGAUAGGGUUCAUAACCUUAGGGUGUUUAACAUGAGUAACCAAAUCUAGACCAUUCUUUUAAAUGACUGUAGAUUUAAGGGUUGUAAAUUAAAGACAUUUUAUUUUCCCUAUUUUUCUUAAUCGGAUCAUAUCAUCUUCAUUCUAACUCGGAUUUCAUUUUUUUUUUUUUUUUUUGAACAGAUAGAACGAGUUCGUUGUGCUCUACAAAAUAAAAUUCAUUUUCAAUAUUUUUUUUAGAAAAAAAUUACAUACCUCUUGUUACCAACUCCAUACCAUAUGGUAUCUCCUUCAUUUUUUAGUCGUUUUCAGAAUUUUUUGCACAGAAAGAACGAUUUAAUCAUGAUCUAUUGGAUUUCAAAAAUUUAUGGGUGAAAAAAUUUCAUACCUCUCGUUACCAACUCCAUACCGUACUAUACCACCUUGGUAUGGGGUGGUAUUUUUCAUACCAUAUGGUAUGCUCUUAUUUAAUACUAGUCAAUACCAUAUGGUAUAGACUGGUAAUAACUGGGCUUGAGUUCAAGUCCUUAAGCCUCAUUUCUUAAGGAAAAUCUUAAAGUUUUCCUAUUGGCUGAUAGUGGAUUAGGUAGUUAAUAGGUAGUUAAGGGUAAAUAGGGUUAUAAUUAAUUAAUGAUUCUCUUUCUCCCUCCUCCCAUAAUUUUCUCCAUAACUCUCUCUCUCUACAUUAUAAUCAAAAAGAAAUAUGAAAUUAAUUUUAUUUAAUAUUUAAUAAAAUCCGAAUUUAAUAAUUUUAUUUUUCUAAAAUGGAAAUUUGAAAUUUAAAAUAUAUGUCUCUCUCACAUCUUGGCAACUUCCGAUUAGUAUUACGUAUUAACAUUUUGUAAUGACAUUAUCAAUAUUUAUAAAUUGAAUCAUCAUUAGGGCUUUUCAUUGCAUGGGUUUGAGAUUUUUCGUUGUUAGGUAUUCGUUUUUGUUAUUAUUAAUGGUGUUCGACAUGUUUUUUAAUAAUUUUAUAUGACAUUAUUAACUUUUUAUGUUAUGUUUUGUUUGUAACAUUAGUAAAAGUGAAAUUGUGUUUUCAAUUUGUCGGUACUUGAAGUUUAUUUACUAUUACAUCGUAUUAUCAAUUUGAUUCGCAAUGAUUUAUAAUAAUUUGAAGUGCUAUUAUCAAUAUUUUUUUCCAAGCACAAUACAACCAUUAACAAAUAUUUAAUUCAUUUGUAAGAUUGCUUAUGUUUAGUGAUUUGAAUUAUUAAUUUUUUUUUUUGUUUAUGUUUGUAACUUUGUCAAAUGUGAAGCAUAUUUGUUAGAUAUUCGUUUGUUUAUGACAUUAUCAAAAGUGAAUUUACGUUUAAUGAUAUAACUAUGUUUAUUAAUCUUUCAGUCUAAGUUAGUAACGUAGUUUGGUGUCAUUAUUAAUAGGCGUGUAUAAGCAUUAUCAAUGUUUGAAAAUAAGAUAUUAAUAAUAUCUAAUAAGGUACUUAAAAAUCAUUAGUUGCUAUCAAUAUCAAAGUUUUUGGAUGCAUUAUCCAUUAAACACAUGUUACUUAUUAAUGCGUUUUUAGUACUAUUUGACAUUAAACAUUGCAUCUGAAUAUUAUUAAUAUUUUUAUAUUACAAAAAUCUAUUUCCUUAUCAGUGACUUGAUCAUUCGAUAUUAAUGGUUUUUAAUAUCUUUAUUAAAAGUUUGAUGUCAUUUAUAAUGUUGAAGUCGGACAUUUUUACAUUGAUGUUUUGUGUUUAUUUUCAACGAAAUACUUUUCGUUAUCAAUGAUUUAUUGUAUUGUUAUUAAAAGUUUGCUGUUGAGGCGUGAAUGUUGGUUUGCUUGAGCUAAUAUUUUUCUGGACAAUGUUUGCUUGACUGAAUCACACAGGUGCACUAUGUCACAAGUACCCAAGAUGUUGAAAAUUAGUAUUGUGCUUUAUGAUAAUUGAGAAUGAUAAUGUAAAACAAUAUUAAUUGAUCAUAAAACGUUAAUAAUGUCAUUAGAAAUCAUUGGAAGAGACCAUGACUAGAUAGUUAUAAACAUGAUGUGAAAAUGUGAAUCAUUAGUACUAAAGAUGUUGUAAAUCAAUGAUAUUGUAAUUCAAACUAUUAAUGACUAUGUUACAUAACUUUAAUGAUUCAUUCAUAGGCGUUGAUGACGAAAAUAUAAAACAGUAACAAUUGAUCCAAAAUUUUUAAUAAUGUAAUUGUAAGGAAUUAAUAAAUAUAUUGAAGUCGUUAAUAAUGAUGAUGUAUAAUAAUAACGAUUCAUUUCAUAUAUGUUGAUAAUGUCAUUGCAAAAUGUUAAUACUGUAUUGCAAGUUACCACGAAGUGAGAGAGAGCAUAUAUUUUUAAUUUCAAUUUUCAUUUUAAAAAAUAAAAAAUAUUAAAUUCGAAUUUAUUAAAUAUUAAAUAGUAAUAUUUAAUUAAAUUAAUUUUGAAUUUUCUUUUAAUUGUAGUGGAGAGAGAGAGAGUUAUGGAGAAGAUCAAGGGAGAGAGAGAGAAAGAGAAUCAUUAAUGAAUAAUAUUAAUUAUAUUUUCAUAAUAUCUUAUUUAUUCCAACUAACUAUUAACUAAUAACCCCUCAUUAACUACCUAAUCUAGUAUCAGCCAAUAAAAAUGGUUUAAGAACCUCCUUAAACAAUGAGGCUUAAGGACAGGAUCCAACCCGUAAUAACUGGCUCAAAUUUUUUUGUUCCAAAAUAUAUCAAAGUGGAUAUCAUUUUGAAGAGCACAAUUAAUCUUAUCUAAUUGUGCAAAAAAAUUAAAUACCGACUUAAAACGAGUGAGAAAUCGUUUGAUAAAGAUUAGGGGAGAAUUAAAGCCUUUCCAAGAGAGAGGAGAGGCGCUGAUGUGGCGGAUUCUAAUUGGGUUAUGCAUGGGGUUAUUGACCACAAGGUUAUGCACCUGAUCCACUCUUCCUUUAAAAACAGAUUCAUUGGUUAAAUUCCUCAAAGUCAUAAUUUUAUUAGAAAGUUAUCAUCUGUUAAUUAUCGAGAGGCAAAGAGCCAGAACUAGCGAUGACGGCCAGGAGGUGCAGCUUCGUGUAGUUCAUGGGGGCACACUGUAGUUCAGCACCCAGAACCGACUGAACGGUUCUAGUGGCUCGAACAGUUAACCGUCCUAGCUGCUCCCCAACCGCCAUUUCCAACCAUAGAGGUAGGAAGAUGAUUUUUCUUUCACAACCGUUAUCACAUUGUUUAGAACUAGCGUGCCCCCGGCCAGUUGACCGGAGGAAGAUAAGCUAUGGAAUUUGAGAAUGUAAUGCAGUGUAGAACUUAUUAUUGUAUAGUUUUUUUUUUUUUUGGAAACACACGUGAUAAAGAUAGUGAAUUUUAGCAAGAAAGAGACAUGAAUGAUGCAACGCAUCAAAAAUCAACCUUACAAACCAAGUUCGAGUACCUGUUACCUUAUGAAAUAGUAUUAUUUCUGGUAAUAUGAUGAGGUGAAAUCAGUUUUAUAGAGUUUGAUGCUUAUGUAUUGUAUCUCACUUCAAAAGAAACAAAUAUUGACUAAUAGUUGAGUUUAGCUUUUUCCUAUUUAUGCUAUGGUUUGUUAGUCAAUAUUUCUUGUUAUGUUAGUUUUCUUUUCAACCACGGACAACCAAAUGACAACAUACUUAACCAAAACAAUUCAUAAAUGAUUAUUAAAUAUUGUAAUAGUCUUUACAAAUACAAUGUUCAAUCAUUGAUGAAAGAUUAUUAAUAUUUCAAUAGUUUAAAAAUAAUUUUGAUGACACUUCACUUGUAUUCAAAAUUUUGCAUUUCUAAUAAUCCAAAAAAAGUAAAAUAUACCUCACAAAUAUAUUGUGUUCAAAUGACAUUUCGGCCAACAAAUUGGUUACCGAAAGAAUAGAGGAAACAUAACAUAAUCAUCAGGGGUGUUAAAGUGAGCCCGUUGGGUUGAAUCGGGUUGCACUUUUUUGUAAUUUCCUAUUUUAAUUUUUAAUUAUUUGUUUUUUUCUUGGGUUGAUUGACUUGGUUGGGUUUGUUGGCUCCGAUACCAAGAAUCUGAUCAAAGAAUUUUAUACCCAAAAAUUGAUAUGCCCUCAUGAUGUUACAUAAAGAUUCUGACCAAAGAAUCUGAUACCCAAAAAUUGAUAUACACUCAUGGUCUUUUUUAUGUAACUUUGAUUUCUUCAUUUUUUUUCCUUGUUCUUCAUGGAAGAGAAAUUUUACAAUACUAGAAGAACAAUUACAAAAUGAUACUCAAAAAUCUUCAAUACUAUCAUAAGUAUUAAUGACUACAGAAAAUAUAUCAUUAAAAAUAAAAAAAACUAGGAAAACAGAUAAAUGACUAUCAAGGAGUCAUAAUAAAUAAAUUGAAAGAAAGUAAUAAACAUCUAAAAACAAUAUUAAAAUAUCAAGUGAACGAAAAACAUAAAGAAUUGUACUCUAAUCUAGAAAUAACUAAAAAUAUAAUAGACAAUAUUAUCCGGUAAAUAAAGGAUAAAGAAAAAGCUAUUGCAAACUCUAAUAUCGAAGAAAAUGAAAUACUAGCAGAGGAAAACCGUAGAGAAAUAAUAAUAACCUUCAAGAAAUUAUAGUUAAAUUAGAAAAUACACGAUACCAUACUAUCGAAGACAUGAAAGAAUGUUUGAAAGAUCAUAAUAUUUCUAGUAGUGAUUUACUAGAAAUGAUUGUUGCACCUUAUACAUUAUGACUACUAUUGAAGAAAAUAUUAACAAACUAAAUGAUUUACUAAUGGCUUUAAGCAUUGAGUCCGAUAAUGAAGAAAAUAUCGAGAAUGAAAAAGUAGUUUUAGAUUAUAGUAGUGAUGAAAAUCCUUACACAAAUUAUGUCAAAACAGAAACUAAUCCUUUUUAUUCUACCGAAAAGGGAGGACACUUGCAAACAAUUCCAUCAAAAACAUAUAAGCGAAUGUUUAAUAAAUACAACAAUGGACAAAUAUCAUUUGACGAAUAUCUUUAUAAAAAUUACUACACUCCUCGUAGGGAGGGAGGAUGGACUAAAAUUCCUCAUUCAUAUAUUCCAAAAAUAUUCUACAACAAGUUAUAAUAGCUCAGAUAUUUUAGAUUUAGAUUGUAGUACUAAUUCAUUAAAAAACUAGAAGAUUGGAAAAAUCGAACAGGACUAUUAAUUCAAACUAACGAAGAUUUACAGAAACUACAACCUAGCGAAUUAUUUAAUUUCAUAAUAUAUAAAACCACUGGAGCAGUUUACCACUAUCUAAGUACAAUGGAUAUUCCAACAAAAACAGUUCUAUACGGAGACGAUGCCAUAAAAACUUUUGAAAAAAAUAUUAAAUGCUUUGACCUAUGGAUUCCUAGGAAGAUAUCCGCGGGAGAGAGAGAAAGUAAUGCAACCUUGAGUAAUCAAGCUAUUUGACACUUAACGAAUUUAAGAAUCUGUAAUAUCUGUUAUCUAGAAUCAUUCAUUUGUGAAUUUAAAAUAAAUUACUAUCAAGUUACUCCAAUAGCAAGAAAAGACUUGGACAAAUUAUUCUUUUCUAAAUCACCACUAAUAGUAUCAGAAAAAGUAAAAACUUCCUUCAACGAAGCAGUUCAAAAAAGAGAAGUACUAGAUACAUUAGCAGGACGAAUUUUAACAUUACAAGAAUGGCAUAAAAGAGCUUGUAAUAAAGAAAAGCUGAAAAAAGCAAAAAUUUAUCUUUGUUGUGAAGCUUCCACAUAUAUAAUAGGAAAAUACGGAUGUAAUAGUUAAAACUAAAGAAUAAAGAAAAAACAAAAAAUGAAAAGUAUAAAAAAUGGCAAAAAAAUACCUUAUAAAGAAUAUAGGAAAAAUAAGUAUAGAAUUUCUAAUAAAUAUUUCCGAAAUAGAAAACAAUAUAAACAAAAAACAAGACAGAAAGAUUAUUGUUCUUCUUAGCCAACGAAAGCAGCAGUAAUGGCAAUGCUAUAUAUAUGGCAAAAAAUCACAACCUACAGUAGCUAGCAGAUAAAAACUUCCAGACAUAUAUAUAAUAAUAUAUGUAUAGCUUUACUAGCAUAUAUAUAUAUAUAUAUAUAUGCUUUGUACCCCAAUUAGAGCCCAUAUAGCGAAGUGGAUUCAGCCCGACCAAAAGUACCUACCUCAACAGUAGGAAACCUUCGCUCCCAUUUAGGGUCUAUCGAUUCAUGCUACCUAGGCUGUUUGAUUUUGACUCGUAGUUGCACUAGAUCGAUUCUCCAUCCAGAUUCUCCUUCGCAUGAACUGGCAGGCGCUUCUGAAAGCACCGAAACUUUGUAUGCUUCCUUUUCAUUGCCUCAUGUCUUUCUCUUGUUCAUAUUCAUAAUGGAAUUAACCUAAUGCACCACAGCUGUAUAUCCCAUUAAUAAACACAAGGGAAAAGAGGUCAUAUUUGGCCGGUUGAGAAAGGGAAAAGGAGGAAAGAAAAUCAAAAGAAAAGAAACAGAUGAUAGCAUCUUGUGAAAGGGAACACGUGCAGACAAAUUAUUUGGCUCCACUAAUUAUUUGUUUUCCCUUUUCGAUCAAUGCAGCGGCGAUAAUUGAGUUCUUCCGGAUCGGGAGUCUCGAUUGUAGAGCGAGUCGUGGGCAACGAAUAGGAACCAGACGGUAAUCGACAUGUUCGGUAAAUAAGACAGCAACCAAACGUCUUAAAAUUAUUAGAAACCGAACAGAAAAAUAGGGUAACCGAUCUGGCUGAGUCGGGGACUAGGUCGCUCUCUUUAAGACGUUCGCGGCGCUGCCUUCAUUGCGCACGGCAGACUAUCAGCCGGUCGCCUCCAAGAUAAAACAGUCACUCUAAUUUUGUUGCUCAUCGGUUUUGUGCGAAAAUCGGAGCUCUAUGAACUCACUCUCUUUCUCGUGUUUCUGCUCUCUGAGGUCUGUUUAGAGGGUCUGGAGGUCUGCUAUUUGUUGGAACAGAAAACCCAGAAUAUUCCCUCUUUCUUUGGGAAUAAGUCACAUUUUAAUUGGGGAGAUAAUUACUCUCAUAAUUAAAAUAUAAUCUCUUAAGAUAAUUAAUCCUAAUUAUCUCCAUAAUAUUCCUUUUAUUAAUUAUCCAUUUUAUCUUUGUAUUAUGGUAAAAUAUUGGAUAAUUAAUUAGGAAUUUCAUUUAUAACUUUUCAAAGCUAUUCAUCCCAACAAUUUCGAGGGAUUUACACCAGUUGGGCUAGCAUCCCAACAUAUUGUUGGGCAUAAUGUUAAACACAUUCACAUCCAAGGAAGCAGAUCAAGCAUUCAAAGAAUCAUACAAAGCUCUUGCCAUGAAGCAAAAAGUGGAACCAACCACUUCACAACAACAUUUGGCGAUGAGAAUUCCAGGUAUCAAUAUAAAAAAUAUCCUGGCCACAAAGGAAAGGGAAGAAGCUAAAAACCCAUACUUCAGAAAUUCCAACAAUGUUGGAAUGAUCUUCUCAACUAUGAAGAAAUCCAUACUACCAUGGGAUUUUACCCAACAUUCAAAGGUGGACCAAAAGCACUAGUCACAGAAGAAGCUUCACCAGCAACAGUAUUCGUCUUUAUCAAUAUGGAUUAUUGGACACCAUUUACACCAAAAAGAUUAACAUCUUCGACAAAUUUCCUAUUGAAUUCAAGAUGACUGUGAAAAGAUAUCUUGAAUUCUUUGCCAAAUGAAGAGAGAUUUAUCUGAGAUGUCCAGCUAUCCAGUAUUCAACCAAGAAGAAAUGACUAUACCAUCAAAGGCCAUCAUCAAAAUGGGAGUUUCAAAUGGAAAUUACCCAACAAGGGGUGACCUGAAUACAGUCAAAAUACCAGAAGACUAUCAGGUGAAAUCAUUAUUUUCGGUGUGUCUAGCCAUUUACUACAUUAACCCAACAGACAACCUCAAGGUCAAUUGUGGGAGCAACCAUAAAGUCAUCAUCAGUAAUUCCAAGACACAAUUUACUACAGAAGAAUGGAGCCUAAUCACAGAUCUAGCCAAAGUUUUCAUCAAUAUAGAAGGAACAUUGACUCCACUAGCAACAGAACAAAAACAACUGCUGUGUGAAUUAUUGCAACUACACGAAGAUCAUAUCUGCAUUCAUUGGGCAGUCGACACGACCACCACUACCACUAGCAGCAAUGAUGGAGAAGAAUAGAAAGAAAGAAGACAAGGAUGACUCACCUUCAAGAUAAAAUAAAAAAGAUGAUAGCUACAUCACACUAAACCUUGUCUAGUUGUCUUCGCAAAACUUUCCUUGCAAAUGUAGCCUUGUAUUGUAAAACUAGUUUGUUUGUUUUCUCACUUGUUGGAAAGUUAUGUAAGCCCUUACGUAUAAGCAGGUUAUGAACCUGCUAUAAAUAUGUUUGCGAAGAGGUCAUAAGGGGGAAGAGAAUAAAAUUUUCAGUUUGAGAAUUUUCUCUCAAAGCCAAGACUCUGUCUUGAGGUGCCUAGGCACUUAAUGUUUGAGGUAAUACUUUGGAGACACUCUUAUCCCCCAUAAAAAACACCACACGACAAAAAUCAUCAAACCUGCAAAAAUUCCCAAACGCAACUCCAACGACCAUCACCAGCAUUCUUCACUCAGUAUCACCAUGAAGACGUCAAACAACAAGGAAUCAAACCAUUCAAACUAAACAAGAACUAGGUAUGUUUGAUAAACCUAGUACCGGUAAAAAUUAUUUUGGGUAUUUAAGCAAGAAUGAAGAAGAACACUAUUUCUUGGAUGGUAUCAUAGAUAUUAAGAAAAUCAAGGAGCAAACUAAUUUUACCUUAUCAAAAACUCGAAACUUUAUCACCAAGCCAUUCUUAUCUAAACUCUUUGAUAGAAUAAAUAUAAUUAAAUAUAGAAAGAUGAUAGGAGAAACAACAAUACCUAUAGAACAAACCAAAGGAGAUUUUCUAAUUCAAAUACUAAACAAAGAACAAAUUAGGAAAAAUUUAUCAAAAUUACAACAAGAAGAACGAAGUAAAAUAUCUUAUAUUCAUAUUAGCACGAGAAAUAAGAGAUGACAGACUCGUUAAUGAUGAAGAAAGUAUAAUAGCAAAAGGACAAGGAAAUUUAGGAGUAGGAAUAAUUAAAUUUGAUAUUAAUUUACAAUAAGGUCUAAGUCUAACGGACGGAAAUCUUGAUUCUUCAAUUAUUAUAAAAAUAUGAAUUAAAAUGAGAAAAUUCUAUGAGGGAAAAUAAUAAACCAUUUUCAGUAACAUACCAAAUAAACUACGCCUCAACCAAUAGUCAUCAUAGUUUAGCAUUCAAGGAUAAGAAAGCUAUUACCAUAGAAGAUUUAUUUAAGCCACUAAUACAUUUAGAAUUCGCUCUAAAAAUAAUUAAAUCAAGUUAUAAUAAUCCAAGAAUUAGCCUAGAUGGACGAAACCCCUCUAAAAGAAUAACAAAUAAACUAAAAGAAGAGGAACGAGAAGAAAAAGAAGAAAUAAAAGAUAUCACGAUACUUCAUAAAAAUAAUAACGAUAGUGAAAUAAAGAAGCUACAAGAAUUAAUUAUAGAAUUAAAAGAUAAGAUAUAAAUACUUUAUUAAAAUGCACAGUACUCACCAUAUAAACAAGUUAAUAGAAAAAAUAGACACUAUAGAUCUUACUUCAAUAAAUGACAUCACUAUGGUUAUACAAGAACUAUCAUACUUUGUCUCUGAUAUUGUAGAAGAAAAAAUGAGUAUUGGAAUCACAGAGACAUUAGAAGAAGCUGUUUCUAAAACCGAAUUAAUUACUGAUAUAAUAACUUAGUCUAAGUAAAAUAAAACAAAAACUAAUGAAUAAUUAAAACUCAGUUUUUAAUAAGUAUCAAUAAGAUAGGAAGACUAAAAAAUCUCAUUACGAAACAGAAAAUUAUAAUGGUUGAGUCAUGUCACUAUCUCCUUCCAUGAAGAACAAGUAAAAAAUGAAGAAAACAAAGUUACGUACGAAAGACCAUGAGUGUAUAUCAAUUUUGGGGUAUCAGAUUCUUUGGUCAGAAUCUUUAUGUAACAUCAUGAGUGUAUAUCAAUUUUUGGUAUCAAAUUCUUUGGUCAGAUUCUUGGUAUCAGAGCCAACAAACCCACAAAGUCAAUCAACCCAAGAGUAAAAACAAAAUAUUAAAUAUUAAAUGAGGAAAUAACAAAAAAGUGCAACCCGAUUCAACCCAACGGGCUCACUUUGACACCCCUAAUAAUCACCUUCCUCCUAAAAUCCAAAUUAAUGGCUAAAUUGCAAGUUUGGUCACUUGAAUUACUAGUAAAGUUCACGUUAGCCACUAUAAUUACUUUAUUUCAUCCGUAGUCACUUAAAUUAGGUUAACAGUUCAGGUUUGGUCACUGGCCCGUUAGUCUCCGUUAACUAUUGCUUAUGUGACAGUCAACUCUUAUAGUUGACCAUUAAAUAAGUGACGUGGUAAUUGAAAAAUAAUAAAAUAUAAUUAUUUUUUAUUUUUCAGCUAAUUAUUAUAAAUUAAAAAAAGAAAAUCCUAAUCUCUUUAAUGAUUAUUUUCCACAGUCGUCGGCGUUGCAAUUCUACUACCCACCGUCCUCCUCCUCCGAUUCCGUCGCAUGAAUCCUUAAAAAAAUAAUAAAUUAAAAUAAAGGUGAUGAGAGUGUGGAAAAUUUCGAAAAAAGGGGCAGAAGAUUAGGUUUUGCCACUUUGCACCCUCUGAUUUGUCCUUCUACAAUUCUCGUUUUGCUUGCCUGAAUGCACUAUAUGGAGACUAUUUGGCAACAACAUUAACUCCAGCUGGCGGCUCCUGGUACCCCGUCGUGAUUCCGUUGUUACCCUCUGUCACCAUCGCCUCCAACUCGUUGUUUCGCGUUGGUAGCACCAUCAACUUAUCUAUGGAGCCAAUUACGUCGUUGAUUCCCUCUGCUCUGCCCCUUCCGUGUCACUAGCGGCUCCAUAAUAAUUCUGAUAAUUAGUAGCUCACGGGUAAUUGACCUCUUGAAACCGGCUUUGGUCAGCAGUAGUGAAUGGGUGUCGAACCUCGGCUGCCGACGUUGCCGUUUCCCAAGCACUAUACCUGACCCCAUAACCCUCCUCAUUAUCAUAGUCUUGCUGAUUCCAGCCUUGAUAAUGUCCCCAAUUCGAGGUUGGACUUCUCGUUUUCUCGGCGGCAAUCCCGAAUCCGGUCGCUUGAAUCCGGAGUGGCUGAGUUAUGGAGGCAGGCGAAGGUGUCACUGGAAUUCAAAGUAUCGAUGAAAACUAAUCGAACACAGGCGGCGGCGUUGUGCAACACAACAUUUCUGGCUCCGACAAACAGGCUAGACCUGUAAAUUUUUGGCGAAGAAGAGGAGGAGGACGCCGAUGAGAAGACAUAGCGCAAAGGAGUGUACAAAACAGGGGAAGAGGAGUAAGAGUUGAGGAGAGAGGAUGACGAAGACGCGACGGCCGGAGGGUCGUUGCAGCGGCUGUUACGGUAGUGCUUAUUCCGCUUGUGGUGAUGUAGAGAGGGGAUUGACGAACAAGUUGAGAGGGGUGAGGUUGGGUCGUAUAAGAAUAGAAGAAAAGAAAGAAUUUUUUUUUUUAAUGAAUGUGAAAAUGAGGUGGAAAUUUUAAAUGAUUAAAUUUUAUUAUUAUUUUUUAAUUGCCACGUCAGUCAUUUAACGGUCAAUUAUAAGAGUUGACCGCUACAUCAGCAAAAGUUAACGGAGACUAACGGCCAGUGACCAAACUUGAACUGUUAACCUAAUUUAAGUGACUACAAAUGGAAUAAAGUAAUUCUAGUGGCUAACGUGAACUUUACUAGUAAUUCAAGUGACCAAACUUGCAAUUUAGCCCCUAACUAUUGAGCCCAUCGAACCUGGCCUUUCCUUGCCCUGUUCUAGGGUUCCUUUUCUGGAUUUGCUCUCCUUGGCGCUGGGUUAUGCAUCUAGGGGUCUCCUCUCUAGAUGGUGGGUUCAUCAACAUGCAUGGUGAAUCGAUUCAUCAAUUUCCCCUCCGUUCCUCCUGUUGGUAGUUCUCUGCCUCUUGGUCGGCGUCGGUGGAAGGAAGGCGGUGUCUAGCCCUUCUGGUUGCGGUAGCAGAUCUUGGAUUUUGGGGUUUGUCCUCUUCUCCCUUGACCAAGUUUUUGGUGCCUCGUCUCCCUCUGCUUUUUCAGUUGGGAGCAUUUCGAUCCUCUACCCUUUCAACUGCCAUGUAAUCCCUUACAAGAGAUUCAUUGUGUUGAGCAUCUUCGAGCGACUCCUAGGUGGCGGCCUAUGGCGUUGUGUUCAAUUUUCGUGGACUCGGUUGGAUCGGACGAGCUGAUUGUGCUUGGUGCUCUUUGAUUGGUUUGAUUGCAAGCGAGCUUUUGGUGUAUUCUGGAUCUGAUUCAAGUGGUCUUUUUUUAAGUUGAUCCUUUUUGUGUUGUGUUCUCCUCUUGUUGUUUUUCUUAACACAGAUUGUUCAGCUGUGUGCUUGAGUUUGUUUGACCUUGAUUGUUUCUAAGCUUCUGUGUUGGCUUGCCUUGUACCUUUCUUUCAAAGAGCAAUACAAGUAAAUCUUUUGUAUAAAAAAAAAAAAAAAAAACUACACCUAUGAGGCUAUGACAAAAAAAUCAGGGCGGCCUACAAAAUGUUUGGACUUUCAGCAGACUCAAGUUUAUGGGCCUGUGGGCUAAACCUAUUCCCUGGCUAGCUCCAAGUUUGUUCUCGUAUCGGGCUGCAACGGAUCCAGUUUCGUUUUAAAGCAUCAAACCGGCGUAGCUGUUCGUAAACCCUGCCGCCCUUUACUCUCUCGAAGAAUUGGUUAGGGUUAGGGCUGGAGCUACUCCCACUCCGCCGUUCCUGCCUCUUAGGUCUUGCCUCCCUAACCUCAUCCUUCUUCUAUUUAACAGCCGCGCUUCCUCAUUCUGUCAUUCCAUCCACCACAAAGCUUAAACCAUUCCGCCGCCAUUGAAAUUCUUGAAGGUUCUUCUCCAAUUCCCAGAUUUUCUUUCCUUUUCUUGUUACAAACUAUUUUCUUUUCUCUUGCUUAUCGUAUCGAAGCCGGAUCGGGAAGGAAGGGGAAGAGGGAUCGAUUGCGGUGAUUAGAAUAUAUAAUUCCUCGUUCUGAAUGCCUUUGGCAUGACAGACUCAUUAUACACCCAUAGAAUCUGAGCAUCGUCCCCCUCAGUCCUCUCUUAUCCUAAAAGUUCUUAGUUUGCUCAGUAUUGCGUUUGUUUUGUGGGUCUUGUUUGAUUUUAAUGUUUUUUCCCCCUCGAAUGUUAUAGCUUCCAGUGAUGAUCAAAAUCAUAACUUUCGUUCUUCCGAGAAACCCCAUGCGGAAACUUUUGGAGACCUGAACUGAGGAAGCUUGAUAAAUUUUGUCAACCAUUCUUUUAUCUUUUUUAUUCAAAUUUCUGAGCAAGUGUUUUCAACCAAGUGAAUAUUGUGAAUCAGGAGCUGCCAGUCACUAUAUGAAGGACACUGUUGACAUGAAUUUACAAUGUCUUUGAGGGUCAGCUUCUAAAAUCCACUCGGUGGUGUUUAAAGCCCUAAUCCGAUGGAAGGAACACUUCUAUGGAUUAGGGUUACGCACGCCUCCAAAUUUAUGUGAAGAACAAAACUCAAGUAUACUUGAGAUGUGUCUCUACGCUAUUGAUUCUAUAAUCUCCUCAUUUCUCAGACUUGGAAACUACUUCAAAUCUUAAAUCUUGGUUGUGGAUUCGGAUUCGUGUUCUUAAUUGGUGGAACCCAAAAUCCCUCUUUAUUCAUUGCUUCGCUACUUUGUUGCUGGUGAUUGAUUAUCGUGGUUUGCAAGAUGAAUGGGAUGGAAUGUUUCUUACCACUGAGCUGAAUUUUGAAUGGAAUAAUGUAUUCCUCUACAACAUCAGCCUAGUUUCAGCUAUGCAAGUCUGUUCUUUGUGCUGUGCCAUUACAUCUUGAGCGUGAGAUGUUCUGGCAUUUUCUCUAACUGCAGAAACUUUUGCUAGGAACAGGUGAAAGAGAUUCAGAAGAGAAUUAGAUCGACUCAAAAGGAAGAUGACUUCCUUGUUUGUGUUUGUGAAAGGACGAAUGUGAGGGAAUUCGUCCGAACUUGAGUUGAGGCCGAGCCCAAUACUUGCCCCAAUAGAAACACCAAGGACGAGCCCACUUUAACUCGGUCUGUCAAAGUUACCAACUCUGGUCCAAAUAAAUCUACACAUAAUAUAAUAUGCCGAAGGGAAAAAUGGGAGCUCCAUUUCAAAUUUCCUGCAACAAGAGUGAAAGUAGGAAGAACAUUUUGGUCUUCACAAUUGUACUGGGAUUGAACCAUGACCAUUUUAAAGAAAAGCAAAUUUUCUGC